CCCGAAGCCCCAUGUCCCGCGCCCAUGCAGUCCAAGCAGCCCGCAAUGUGCAAGGUGACAGAUGCUGCGACCAUGGAACCGCUUGUCGCAAGCGACUCAGUGCACGCGACUGGGGACUCGCCGGCGACAGAGCCGAUCCCAGCCGCUGUUGAGGUCGAUCAGGCGAGCGACACGACGCUUCCGCUCGACACGGACGAGCUCGACGACUGCCCGCCCACGCAGCGGGUCGAGGACGACGCUAUAAGGAUUCUGCCAUCUUCCCACGUCAUUGAUCUACAAGCAGACGAUGGGUCCGACGCCAAGAUCACGUGCCCAUCCUGUGGCAAGAACCUCACGUUCUUCAACGAGGAGGCGCAGAUCCACCACGUCAACGCAUGUCUCGACGCGAUCCAGCAGUUUGAGCGCAACAAGCGCGAUGCUGAGCUCCAGGCCGCGCUGGCUGCCAGCGUCGCCGCCGACCCGACGCCUGAGAUCCCUGUCGAGACAUGCAAGGUCUGCGGCGUCUCGUUCGCGGACAAGUUGCCAAGCCAGCGCAUUCAACACACCAAGCAGUGUGCGAAAAAGUACGGCGUGAGCCUCCAAGCGCUGCUGCAAGCCGAGGUGCACGUCGACGAGGCGCGCAUCGACGCUGCGCUUGCAUCCCUCCCGCCACCGACCAAUGCGUUCGACUUGAUGAUGAACCGGCCCAAGCCAGCCGCCAAAUCCGCUGCGAAGCCGAUGCCGCAUGGAAGCAACGCGUUCGAUCUGCUCAUGCGGGGCGCGCAGACGUCCGCGAUCGUUGCGAAAUCCGCAAAACCGGCGCUCAAGCGCAAGGCCAACAUGUUUGGGAAGAAGCCGAAGUACAGCUGCCCCGACUACAAGAAGAUCCAAGGCACGUCCAUCAUCGUGGACGGCUUCCAGUACGCGUCGCCGUCGCUCUCGACGACCUACGUCCUCUCGCACUUUCACUCGGACCACUAUGGCGGUCUUGGCCGGUCGUUCUCAGCGGGCAUUAUCUACUGUACGCCGACGACAGCACGGCUCGUGCAGCUCUGCCUCGGUGUCGACAAAAAGUACCUGCAUCCGUUGCCGCUGCACCAGCCGUAUGUGCUUGCAGACCACAAGGCGCAGAUGACGUUCAUCGACGCCAACCACUGCCCGGGGCCGCGAUCAUCUUGUUUCAGUUCCAGUCGGGCAAAACAUUCCUCCACACCGGCGACUUUCGCUACGACCCGAGCAUGCUGCUCAAUCGCUACUUGUCGCCGUUCACAAACUCAAACCAGCGCUUGGACGGCGUGUACCUUGACACCACGUACUGCGACACACAGCACUGCCACCCGACGCAGGCAGUUGCGAUCGCCGAGGCCAAGCGUCUUGUCGACCUCCAUCAUAAUGACCGUCCACUCUUCUUGGUCGGGUCAUACUCGAUCGGAAAGGAGCGGCUCUUCAUGGACGUGGCUGCCCACUUGGACUGCAAGGUGUUUGUCGAACGUGCCAAGCUGUCACUGCUCUCGUGCUUUGAGUGGCCCGAGACCGAGCUCCGGCGCCUCACGACCGAGUCGUCGACCACCAAUUUGCACGUCGUGCCCAUGAACCACUUGAACUUUGACGGGAUGCGCGCGCUCCUUGCGAAACACCGGCUCCGCUUCCGCAAGGUGAUUGCGCUCCAACCGACGGGAUGGACCUUCUCGCGCAAGAAGGGUCCCUCCGUUUCGUCCAAGCGCACGCAAAUGAACGACGCGCUCAUCAUUUACGGCAUCCCGUACAGCGAGCACUCGAGCUUUGACGAGCUCUGCGCGUUCACAAAGGCGUUUGACCCGAAAGUGAUCAUUCCGACGGUCAACUGCACCAAGUCGUCCGAGCAAGUCGCGCUCCUCAGGCAAACGUGCUUUAACAACCUCACCCAUCAUUUUGCCCAUCAGCCCUAACACCUCGUCGUUGUGCAUGUACAACUAUGCCUACUAGAGCUAUCUACUAGAUUAUCCUUGUCUAAAUAUCGAGCCGCC